AUGGCGCACCAAGACAAAAUUGAACUUCUCAUUGAUGAAGCACUCAAUCGACAAGCAGAGAGUGGCCAAUACUCAUCAUGGGACUGUCUUGCGCUUGUAGGGCUCACGUCCGUCAAUAAAGGCCAUUAUGGGGCUUACCUGUAUAAAUCAGCUUUGGAGAAAACGCCUGCUGAGUCCCGUCCACUACUAUGGCGCCGUUACGUCGAUGCGCUCACGGAGAUGCUAAUCAUUGUCGGGAUGCCCAAAACUCUGAAUGCGCUGUAUCCAAUGAUUCCACUAGUCAACAAGGCCGAUUUAACGCAUGUUAAAAAGUCGGACUGGGAAGCCGACAACUCAGCCAGAGGCUGGGAGUAUGCAAAAUUAACGCAUGGUGAUCAUUGGGCCGAUUCAUUCAAGGCGGCUGGUAUGUAUGCGCCGGAUAUUGCACAUAUCACAAUGGAUGUCUCAAUGCGCAAUCUCUUGUCGGAUUAUUCGGUACACGACGGACUGGCGACCAUGGCGUUGCUGGUAACGGUGUUGGUAGCGAUGAACUGCCCACUGCAAGCCUCUUGGCACGUAAAAGGAUACAUACGGCACGGCGGGAAUAGGAAUAAUUUGUAUGAGAUUGUCGAAUUUGCAAAGAAGAUUGCGAAUACCACUGGAAAUACUAUCCCCGCCGACUUUCCAACUGUAGAAACGAUGCUGGAGGGAUUGUAA